GAUGGAAUGGGGAACCUGAGAAUCACAGAAAAGGGUCUAAAGCUCGAAGGAGAUUCAGAAUUCUUGAAACCUCUCUACGCCAAAGAAAUCCGGUCAAGACCAGGCAAUCCACUGUACUUCCAGUCUGCCAGAAAUGUGACAGUGAACAUCCUCAAUGAGAAGACUAAAGUCCUUACUCGUCUUGUAACAGGUCCCCAAGCAGUGGAAGCACACAGCCAAAAAUUUGAGGUGAAAACCCUCUCCGGAAAAUUGCUGUUUUCUGCAGAUGACAACGAAGUGGUGGUUGGAGCAGAGAGAUUGAGAGUUUUAGGAGCAGAAGGCACAGUGUUCCCUAAAUCUAUAGAAACUCCCAAUGUCAGGGCAGACCCCUUCAAGGAACUAAGACUAGAGUCACCUACGCGCGCGCUGGUGAUGGAGGCUCCAAAAGGCAUCGAGAUCAAUGCCGAGGCUGGCAGCUUGAAAGCCACGUGCAGGACAGAGCUCAGGCUGGAAUCCAAAGACGGAGAGAUAACGUUGAAUUCUGCAAAAAUCAAACUACCUAACUUGCCUCAAGGAUCUUCCUCUUCUGCAGGGUCCAGGCAAAAAAUCUACGAGCUCUGUGUGUGUCCCAAUGGGAGGUUGUUUCUGUCUCAGGCAGGCACUAGCUCGACCUGCCAGAUAAAUACAAGCGUCUGCCUUUGAGAGACAAUUUGCAGCGGGGCAUCGCAGGCAGCCCAAAAGCCAAUUCUGGUCUCACAGAUUGCAGCUGCCAACUAUUUUUACUAGAACACAGAAAGCCUAUCAAAGACUUUUUUUGUGUGUGCGCGCGCGUGUGUGUGAAUAUAUAUAUAAAAAUAUAUAUAUAAAAUAUAUAUAUCCUCUGUGUAAAAUGAUGUUUCAGUACAAGGAAUCCCAGGGUGACCCUGUUACAUUUGUGUAGCAUUUCUCUUUCCCACACCAAAAUUUACUGGUACAAUCUGCUGAAUUGGACUUGAUGCUCCCCUGAACCCUUCUGUAUUAAUAUAGUCUAAUGAUCACCCCUUGUUUUUGAUCAUGUUCUCAGAGCAGUGGGAUUGCUGGCUGGGCAAGACCCUGGAACCGAUGUAGACCUACCAACAUACGAAGGGAAGAGAAGCAUCUCUGAUUAUUUUUGCACCAUUAAAUCAGUGGCAUGAAAAAAAACCCAACAAAAUAGCCAUAUGUGCUAUACUGAUGACCUAGAGUGAUCCAAGAUACCUGUGGUUAAAUUACACUCUUUAAUUUUCACCUGAAACAUGGCUCCCUGUUGGGAGACAUGGAUUGCACUUGGCAAGUAGAAAAGUCCAGAUCUUGCUGGAAUAAUCAUGUAUUUUUCUGAAAGGGUUUGAGACUUGCCUGUGCAUGGCCAAGGACGCCUUGUGCUGUUCGGAUGUGAUGCAUCAGCUCUAACCCUGUCCUAGCCUAGCAAUAGGACAAGAGGAAAUGGCCUCAAGCUGCGCCAGGGGAGGUUUAGAUUGGACGUGAGGAAAAAUU